AGGCGCUCUGACAAAUUCAAAAAUGGCGCCGAUAGCCUCAUCUCCUCAGUCUUCCGCUCUGGAGGCGCAGGGACGAAGGUCGCGUCGGAGUGCGCCGGCGUAAGGAGGCGGAGCCGUCUCCAUGGCAACCUGCGCGCUGAGAGGGCAACUCUUCCCGGCGGGAAGGGCGGGUGCUGAGGCGCUGGCGACCCGCGGGAUUGCGAGUCCCGAGGGGCCCGAGCGGCCCGGGCCGCUGCAGGACGAGACCCUGGGCGUAGCGUCGGUGCCUUCGCAGUGGAGGGCCGUCCAGGGCAUCCGCGGGGAGACGAAAAGCUGUCAGACGGCCAGCAUUGCCACCACUGAAGCGUCCGCCCAGACCUGGAAGCAUGCAGAUGCCGAGGUGCAGACCGAGGCCCCCGAGCCAGUCAGCGUGCCCUCCUCUGUGUCCUGGAGCGAUGGCCCCGGGCUCGCAGCCUUUCUCCGGAGAGUGGAGCCCAUGGUUACUCGAGAACUGAACAAGAACUGGCAGAGCCAUGCAUUUGACGGCUUCGAGGUGAACUGGGCGGAGCAGCAGCCAACGGUGACCUGCCUGCAUACCCUGGGCUACCCUCCAGCCCAAGCACAGGGUCUGCAUGUGACCAGUGUCUCCUGGAACACCACGGGCUCUGUCGUGGGCUGUGCCUAUGGCCGGCUGGAUGAUGGUGACUGGAGCACGCUGAAGUCCUUCGUGUGUGCCUGGAAUCUGGACCGGCGAGGCCUGGAGCCCCAGCAGCCAUCGGCGGUGGUGGAGGUGCCCAGCGCCGUCAUGUGCCUGGCCUUCCACCCCACGCAGCCGGCCCACGUUGCAGGUGGGCUGUACAGCGGCGAGGUGCUCGUGUGGGACCUGAGCCGUCCUGAGGACCCCUUGCUGUGGCGCACGGGCCUGACCGACGACACCCACACAGAUCCCGUGUACCAGGUGCUCUGGCUCCCCGAGCUCCGGCACAGCCAGCGCUUCCAGGUGCUGAGCGCAGCCGCGGACGGGAAGGUGCUGCUCUGGCAGGGGGGCGCGGGGGGCCGGCUGCGGCUCAGCGCGGGCUUCGCCUUGGCCGUGCAGCAGCUCCCCAGGAACACCAAGCUGAAGAAGCCUCCCCGGGGGGAGACCGAGGUGGGCACCACGGCGGUGGCCUUCUCCAGCUUCGACCCCAGCCUGUUCGUGCUGGGCACAGAGGGAGGCUUCCUGCUCAAGUGCUCCCUGGCGGCGGCGGAGGCCGCCCUCACGCGGAUGCCCAGCUCUGUGCCCCUGCGGGCCCCGGCACAGUUCACCUUCUCCCCCCAUGGUGGUCCCGUCUACUCUGUGAGCUGCUCCCCCUUCCACAGGAAUCUCUUCCUGAGCGCAGGGACCGACGGCCAAGUCCACCUGUACUCCAUGCUGCAGGCCCCGCCCCUGGCCUCCCUGCGGCUCACCCACAAGUACCUGUUUGCUGUGCGCUGGUCCCCAGUGCGCCCCUUGGUGUUUGCAGCUGCUUCUGGGGAAGGUGAUGUGCAGCUGUUUGAUCUCCAAAAGAGCUCCCAGAAACCCACCGUUUCGGUCAAGCAAACCCAGGAUGAAAGGCCCGUCUACUGUCUUGAAUUUAAUUGCCAGCAGACUCAGCUCCUGGCUGCGGGCGAUGCCCAGGGCACCGUGAAGGUGUGGCGGCUGAGCACCGAGUUCACGGAACAAGGACCCCGGGAAACAGAGGACCUGGACCAGCUGGCAGCAGAGGUGGCCACCUGAGGGCGACAGAGCUCCGCGGGGCCGUGGUACGGCGGUAGCGGUGGGCGAGGGGGCUGCACCUGUGCUGUUUCUGAUGGGAGCCGAAUGAAGACAAGAGAAGCUUU